AUCUAUCCAGCUGAUUUACACACAGACAGAGGUGUGGAGAAAGAGAGACUGAGAGACUGUGAGAGAAAGAGAGAGAGAAAGAGACAGAGUGGAAUAACCGAGUUUCUCCUGAUGGAGACCCAGAAAAAAAUCUGGGUCUCUGUUCUGCUCCUGGUGGCUGUUUUUCAGCCGACUGUCACUGCAGGAUGCAACACUCAGUUAUGUAACCAGGCUGUGGAUGGCUCCCUAUUCGAUUAUGGAGCGAAGACCUUGACUGGAGAUUUGCCCAUUUCCUUCCGUCAGUAUACUGGGAAGUACGUCCUCAUUGUCAAUGUGGCCACCUUCUGAGGACUUACCUUCCAGUAUUUGGAACUGAAUGCACUACAGGAGGAGCUAAAAGAUCUGGGCCUCGUCAUUCUCGGAUUUCCUUGUAACCAGUUUGGGAAACAGGAACCCGGGUAUAAUCAUGAGAUCUUGCCCAUGCUAAAGCAUAUCCGUCCAGGGAAAGGAUUUGUUCCAAACUUCCAGCUCUUUGAAACUGGUGAUGUGAACGGGCAUAACGAGCAAAGUGUUUUCACUUUCCUGAAGAAUGCCUGCCCACCUGUCGGUGACAGUUUUGGAAACCCCUCCGGCAGGCUGUUUUGGGAGCCGCUGAAAGUAACUGACAUCAAGUGGAACUUCGAGAAGUUUCUGGUGGGCCCUGAUGGAAAGCCCCUGAUGAGGUGGUUUCCAAGGGUGAACGUUUCUGAAGUUCGGGCCGACAUCAUAAAACUCAUCAAUGAGCGGAAUUCCAAAAACUAAUCAACCAAAAUUAAGGCGCCUCAGAUAACACUAUUCUAUAUUUGUAUCUUUCCAGGUGGUUAGAGGAUGUUCUGUUAUGCCAAAAAUGCGAGAGAAACAAUUUUAAAAUUAGAGAAUCAAACUUAAGGUCAGUGUUCUUCAAUUUCGCUCCUUCAGGACCAAGGAACUGAGCUAUUUCCACUAGAAAAUACCUGAUUCACCAAAAAGAAACUCAUGAGCUGAUUCAGGUCUCUUGAGAUUAGGAAACCAUUCAGUUGUGCAGAAUUGUGGCCUUUCAGACACUCUUCAUGUAGAAGACAGCUUUAGAUUUAAAAAAAAAAAAGAAAAAAAAAGUGAUUCCUUGAGUGAGGCAGGUAGGAGCAUGGCACCAUGGUGGUUCUGGAGAUCUGGACAUGUUCAUGAAGCUCAGGUUUAAAAGCAGGACUUUCUGCAAAGCCUGAGUGGAGACUGAGGGAUAAGAGCAGCUCUUCAGUGCAUUCAGGCUGCUUGGUUCUACUCAGACAUGUCUGGUUCUCCAGAGUGACCCAUCAAACCCUGCUCCCACCUGCAACAGGAUCCUGUCAAUAAAGCAUUAAAGAAAA